AUGGCGACUGAAUUUCUCGUAAACAAGAAAGACACAGCCAUUCGUAGCUUUAACAUGAAUGAUGAAAUUUCGAUAGAUGAUCAGUUAUAUAUUAAAGAUUUAACCACUAUUCCCAAGGAAGGAUAUCUUCCUGAAAGUUUAAUAAAGCUUGAACCUUUAGUUGAUUCUGUAUGGACAUUCAUUGUUUAUCUCAAAGAUGUUUUCAUGCACUUUUUUUUAAUGAUGGUAACCAAUUGGACUCUGCCAAUUACACAACCUUUCAAUUUCAUAACGAUCAUUUUAAUUUAUUUUGCGAGUGUAUGUUUUCUUCUUCCUGCAACAUUAUUCUUAAGCAUUGGGGCUAUUAUGGGAAUGGAAUUUAAUUUAUAUGACGAAAUAGGAUGGCAAAAAUUAACAACUGAAGACCUAAAAUCAAUUAGGGAUAGAGGUAUAACUGCAUUGAGUAAACCAGUAUACACUUCACGAAAGCCAAGGUUUGAUCUCGAUUUAGCGGAAAUGCUUUUGUUUUUAUCCUCAGUUGUUUAUCUACGUGAAGAAAUAGAAAUUCGUAAAGCAGUAAAGUAUCUAUCACAAAUUCAAGAUAAUUUAAGCAAAAAAGAGAACGUUGAAAAGGCAGAUAUUGAACAAGUUUUUCAUGCACUUGAUAAUGCCGAUAAUGGAGUUCGUAAAAUAGUUGAUAAUUGGAAUAUUAAAUUUAAAUCCGUAUCUGAAUUAAGUACUUCCAAAGGCGUUUAUGCAGGACUAUUUUGGAGUGUUGAACAAAAUUUUAUUGUAGUCUCAUUUAAAGGUACAAGUCCAACAAAUUUUUUAGAAUUAGUAGUUAACUUUACAUUCCAAAGAAAGGAUGGAAGAGGAUUCAUAUUCGGUGGAGUGCAUGAAGGAUUUUACAACUGUUUAUUCCCAAAAGAUCAUGCAGGUUCAAUAUUAGCAAAAAAAGGGUUUCCUCAUUUGAGAAUAAUUGAAGCUAUCAAUGUUAAAGCCAAGGAAAUUCGCAGUAAGAAUAAGAAAACAGAACCUGUUAAUAUUUGGAUAACAGGUCACUCACUUGGUGCCUCUUUGGCAACAUUGUUUUAUGCAAGAUUAUUGAAAUUACCUAAUAUUUUGAGUGAUGAUUGCGUUCUCAGAGAUGUUUAUUCAUUUGCAGCCCUAGCUGUUGGUGAUAGUAAUUUUUCAUCCGAAUUUUCAUCGCGAUAUAAUGAAAGUAAUUCAACGCUUUGGCGCAUAGUUUGCGAACAAGAUAUCGCACCACAUUUACCUCCACAUAAUAAUGCAAUGCGUGCUCUACGUCAAUAUCUUGCUACAAACGACAUUAUGAAUUAUUUUCAUGUUGGAGAUACAGUCAAAUUCUUUCACAGGAAGGCAAAACCUAGAGCUGAUCAAAUUAUUUUUGAUCCUCCAGACGAUUCCAUAGAUACCAAUCAGGAGUUAACUUGGAAUGAAUGGAAAUUAAUGUUUAAUGAAGAUACUUUAAAUACAAAUCAGCCAGUAAAAAAUAAUUCUUCUAUUUAUGAUCAAGCUUUACUUCCUUACGAGAAUUUACUUAGAUUACCAAUACUUUCGAUGCUUCGAAAUCAUAUUCCGCAUCGUUAUUUUGCGGCAAUGGAAAAAUCUAGGGGUCAUUUUCGAACGAAUAGUCUUUCUUCACGCUAA